ACGAAUACUUAUAAUCAGUUCAAGUUCAAUGUUCCGUUUGCUUACAACAAUGUGUAUAUAAACUGGGGGCAUAAUCCAGCGAAAAAAAUCGAUGUAAUGAUCGUAACAGAAGUGUUAUUGAGUAUUAUUUUGGCCACCGUUGCCGCGGUCAUUUAUAUCACAUAUCGGAACCUCACAUAUUGGCAACGUCGGGGCAUCCCCUGUGAUACGCCCCACUGGAUACAUGGGAAUCUAUACGGUGUCGCAAAGACUAUGAGUAUUGGCGAAGCCUUUACGAAAGUCUACCGCCGUUAUGUGGGAUCGGGCCCCUUUUGCGGCAUUUAUUUUCUACAAAAUCCUUCGGUACUAGUGCUCACACCGGAGUUGACUAAACAGGUGUUAAUUAAAGACUUUGCUAAUUUCACCGAUCGUGGUCUCUACACCAACGAGAAAGACGAUCCACUCAGUGGACAUUUGUUUCAAUUAGAAAGCCCUAAAUGGCGUGUAAUGCGCAACAAACUUACGCCCACUUUCACCUCGGGUCAAAUGAAGUUCAUGUUUUCCAAUGUGAUUGCGGUGGCUGAGCAAUUUGUCGACACCUUAAAUAGCGAAAUGGUGCAGAGUAAUGUAAUCGAGAUCAAGGAUAUACUGGCACGCUUCACCACCGAUGUGAUUGGCUCUUGUGCUUUUGGCAUUGAGUGCAACAGUCUCAAGAACCCUGAUGUUAUUUUCCGGCAAAUGGGACUUCGUAUCUUUAACGAUCAUCGUCAUUCGAGUUUCGUUCUUGCAAUGAUAAAUGCAGCGCCAUCUGUGGCACGCUAUUUUCAUGUGCGCUUGAGACCGGACGCGAUAACCGAUUUCUUCAUGAAUAUUGUACGGGAAACUGUUGAUUAUAGAGAGAAGAACGAGGUGCAGCGUAACGACUUCUUGAACAUACUAAUGGAAUUGAAUAAAGGCAAGCUCAAGUUUGAUAAUAAUGCCGAUGAGAAGGGGCUUACGUUGGAGGAGAUGGCGGCGCAAGCGUUUGUAUUCUUUGCCGCUGGUUUUGAGACAUCAUCCACUACACUUUCGUUUUUACUGUAUGAGUUGGCUGUCAAUCAAGACAUUCAAAAGCGCUUGCGCGCCGAAAUACUAGAAGAGGUUGAGCAUCAUGGCGGCAAGGUCACUUAUGAAUGUAUAAACUCGAUGCCAUACAUGAAACAGGUUAUAUCAGAAACUCUCCGCAAAUAUCCGGUAGUACCACAUUUGCAGCGCAAGGCUAUAGCUGAUUAUAAUGUACCUGGACAUCCGAACUAUGUAAUCGAAAAAGGUACAACCGUAUACAUACCAGUUAUGGGAAUACACCAUAAUCCUGAGUUCUAUCCGGCACCGGACAAAUUUGAUCCGGAACGCUUUGCACCGGCGCAAAUGCAAUUACGUGACGCCAUUAAUUGGCUGCCUUUCGGCGAUGGUCCACGCAAUUGUAUUGGCUUGCGUUUUGGUCAAAUGCAGAUACGCAUCGCGCUGACUUAUUUGCUGCGAAAGUUUGAAUUUUGUACUUGUCCGAAGACGGAUAUUCCUUUGGUAAUGGAUCCCAAGCAGUUUUUAAACAAUACCAAAAGUGGCAUGCAUCUUAAAAUACAAGCGAUUUGAGUAAUAUAUAUUUUAGUUUAAUUUGUAUAUUGUUUAUUAUUGUUAGAAGAAACUAAUUUAGCGCCUUUAGAUUGUUAUUAAGUAAUAGACAUUCCAAUAAACUGUUUGCCCGUUGACUUUUCGUA